UUUCCAUACGAUAAACGAUAAACGCUUGCAAACGUGUCGUAUGAAAUCAGUAUUGGUAUUGUCGUUUUCAUACGCCCGAUAGAUGCACUAUUGUGAAUGACCGUGGUUUUUGUUUACUUUAUUUUGUGAAAUUGAGAGUGAGCAAUAAAAUAAAAAUUAAAGGACAUGUUUUCUACAAUAUCAAUUGCGUUUUUUAUAAAUUUAAAUGAAGGAUAUAAUGAGACUCGCAUAGAGGCUAUCGAAAGAAGAAAUUUAAGAGAUGCCUCGAAUCCUCUGGAAAUGAAUUCUAUAUUUUUUCAGAGGAAUUUUCGACUUUCCAAAGAAGCAGUUAUUUAUAUCCUGAAUGAAGUAGAAAACAAAUUGCGUGUACGGAAAAAUAAGUCAUCCAUACCAAAUAUAAUAAAGGUAUGCGCAACUCUAAGAUUUCUAGCCCAGGGAUCAUACCAACAGAGUGUUGGUAAUGAGGCGUUACUUGGCUUAGCCCAACCUACUGUUUCCAUUGUAUUGAAAGAAACAUUGAGUGCGUUGCAAACCACUCUAUGUAGUAAGUGGAUUAGCUCCAAGUAUACUGAGGAAGAAAAGAGAAGAGCAAAAUCUAGCUAG